CCACCCUCAGUCAUGUCAUUAGGUCCCUGGCAAAAGACAUGGAGAGGUUUUAUUCUUUGAGUCGUUCCAACUCCUGACACGCCCUAACACCCCCGGAAACUCCUCGACGAAUCUCCCAUUAUGUUCACCUUCACUCCCUUGUUGGGUACGCAGUCAACAUCCAGAGCCUCGCAGUCCAUCCUCGAACUCGAUGGAGGGAUCAAGAUCUUGGUAGAUGUCGGAUGGGAUGAGCGCUUUGAUCCUCGUCAAUUAGCCGAAAUAGAGAAGCAUGCUUCCUCACUGUCCUUCAUUCUGCUCACGCAUCCUACCAUCUCCCACGUCGGCGCCUUCGCCCAUUGCUGCAAACACAUUCCCGUAUUCUCUCAAAUCCCUGUCUAUGCCACUGCCCCCGUCAUAGCCUUUGGCCGUACCCUCCUCCAAGACCUUUACUCCUCUUCGCCACUGGCUGCCACUUUCAUCCCCGGAUCCGACAAUCUCGGCGGCGACGAUCAUUCCCGCUCCCAUAUCCUGAGACAAGCUCCUUCCUUUGACGAGAUCAACAAAUAUUUCUCCCUCAUUAACCCCCUCAAAUACUCUCAGCCCCACCAACCGACCCCGUCACAAUUCUCUGCAGCUCUAGAAGGCCUCACCUUGACCGCCUACAAUUCUGGACACACUCUAGGAGGCACAAUCUGGCAUAUUCAACAUGGCAUGGAAUCAAUUGUCUACGCCGUUGACUGGAACCAGGCAAGAGAAAAUGUCAUUGCAGGCGCUGCCUGGUUCGGUGGCGUUGGUGGCGCUGAGGUCAUUGAACAACUGCGAAAACCGACCGCGUUAGUGUGCAGCAGUGUUGGUGCGACCCGGAUCGCCCCCUCUGGAGGCCGAAAAGCUCGAGAUGAUGCUUUGCUCGAUCAUAUCAGAAGCAGCAUUGCCAAAGGUGGUACGGUUUUGAUCCCAACAGAUUCCAGUGCCCGUAUUCUGGAAUUGGCCUGGAUUCUGGAAAAGGCGUGGUCAGAAGAGUCGAAUAUCGCCACUCUCAGAGCCGCCAAAGUCCAUCUAGCAAGCAGGUCUGCAAAUGCCACGCUCAGACAUGCCCGCAGUCUUCUCGAAUGGAUGGAUGACAGUAUAGUCCGAGAGUUUGAGGGUGAAGAUGACAAUCAGGCCCAACCACAAACACAUCGAAGAACUGGCAGCCGCCAAGUCAACGGUGCUGCCAAACCCUCGCGACCAUUUGAGUUCAAGAAUGUCAAGAUUGUUGAGCGCAAGAGCCAACUCGAACGUUUGCUCAAGUCGGAUGGUGCUCGAGUCAUCCUUGCCAGCGAUCUCACGUUGGGUUGGGGGUUCUCUAGAAAACUUCUUCAAGAAAUCGCGCAAAAACCAGAAAACUUGGUAGUAUUGACAGAACGAGUGGACUCAGCUGCCGAUUCCCAAACCCCCGGUCAAGUGUUGUGGAAAUGGUAUGAGGAUAGACUGGAUGGUGUUGCUUUAGAGCGUGCCCAGAAUGGUGACCAGCUUGAACAGGUCCACAGCGGUGGAAGAGAAUUGAAGCUGAGAAACGCUGAAACGGCGCCUUUGAAUACGCAGGAAAGUCAGCGGUAUCAACAAUAUAUGGCUAGCCAGCGUCAGAUCCAGGAUUCACUACUCACCAACAAUGAAGGCGUCCCAAAUGAUGCCGACGAUAACCUUGAUGACGAAUCAAGUUCUUCUUCCGAGGAUGAAUCUGAUGACGAACAGCAGGGUCGAGUCCUUAAUGUGACUGCGGCAUUAGGUCAUGGAGCACGCAAUAAGCUUGCGCUGAGCGAUGAAGAUCUCGGUGUUAAUAUUCUGCUACGAAAGAAAGGUGUCUAUGAUUAUGACGUACGAAACAGGAGGGGAAGAAAUGCUGUAUUCCCUUAUAGCCACUCUAGGAAAAGAGGAGACGAGUUUGGGGACUUUAUCAAACCUGAAGACUUCCUCCGAGAAGAGGAAAAGGAGGAGCAGGAUGCCGCGGCCGAUGACAAGUCUGGGGGGAUGCUUGGCCAAAAAAGACGUUGGGACGAAGCUAAUAAUACAAGGAAUGGCCAGAACAAGAGGCAGCGUCAGCACCCUGGACCCAAUGCUCCGUCUGGUGCAGCAGACGAUUCUGAGUCGGACGAGUCGGAUACUGAGCACGUCGUGGAGACAGAAGGUAUUCAGGGUCCUGCCAAAGUGGUGUUUUCAACGACCGAGAUUUCUGUCAAUGCCAGACUGGCUUUUGUGGAUUUCUCCGGCCUACACGACCAGCGAAGUCUCCAAAUGCUGAUUCCCCUGAUUGGGCCAAAGAAGCUUAUCCUGAUAGGAGGUACUGGGGAGGAGGUACUUUCUCUGGCGAGCGACUGCAAGGAAUUAUUGGGCAUCAAGGUGGCGGGAGCUGAGGAAGAAACUUCGACUGAGAUCUUCACACCAACAGAAGGCCAAAACAUCGAUGCUAGUGUUGACACCAACGCAUGGAUUGUCAAACUUAGCCGUGAUCUGGCCAAAACUUUGCAAUGGCAGAAUGUCAAGAACAUUGGAGUUGUCACCCUGCAAGGCCAGCUCAAGGCAGAAAGUCCCUCGAGUUCAAACGUACAUGACGAUCCACUCGCCAAGAAGCAGAAGCUAGACACCAACGCUGCUCUCAAAUCAACCACAUCUGAAGUAUCAGCGGUGCGUUCGGAACCGGUCCUCGAUGUAUUGCCAGCAAGCCUAGCAGCCUCGACACGGCCAGUGACCCAGGCUAUUCAUGUCGGAGACCUUCGUCUUGCAGACUUGCGGCGUCUGAUCGCUGCUGAUGGACACCUGGCUGAGUUCCGAGGAGAAGGUACUCUACUGGUGGAUGGUAUGAUUACAGUCAAAAAGUUGAGUAGUGGGAAAAUCAUUGUGGAGGGGGUUCCAGUCAAUGCCAUGACUCCCAAAGUUGCUGACAACUUUACCAGAGUCAAGCGGAAAAUCUAUGACGGAUUAGCCGUUGUAGCAGCAGGUUGAUUGCUGACACAAUACUCAAAUUCAAAUCAGGCCACCUUGGAUGGUUU